GGCGGGCUGGCGCGGAGGUGCAGAGGUGCCGCAGCUGGCAGCCAGUCGGGAGCGCGCGAGGCGCCGGGAGACCCGCAGCGCCGGCCGCAGCCCCUACCCCUGCAGACGCCGCGCACCGCCCGGCCGCCACCAUGGCGCUUCUGCGGUGCUUCCUGCUCCUGUGCGGAGUCGCUGAUGUCACCAGAAGUUUGAUUAUCACCAGUCCUGACCACAUGAUUGAAAAGGCCAAAGGGGAAACGGCCUAUUUGCCCUGCAAAUUUACUCAAGGUCCAGAAGACCAGGGACCGCUGGACAUCGAGUGGCUGCUGUCCCCAGCCGAUAAUCAGAAGGUGGAUCAAGUGAUUAUUUUAUAUUCUGGAGACAAAAUUUACGAUGACUACUAUCCAGAUCUAAAAGGACGAGUACAUUUUACCAGUAGUGACCUCAAAUCCGGGGAUGCUUCAAUAAAUGUAACAAAUUUACAGCUGUCAGAUAUUGGCACAUAUCAGUGCAAAGUGAAAAAAGCCCCUGGCGUUGGAAAUAAGAAGAUUCAGCUGAAAGUUCUUGUUAAGCCUUCGGGUACAAGAUGUUAUGUGGAUGGAUCAGAAGAAAUUGGAAAUGACUUUAAACUGAAAUGUGAACCCAAGGAGGGUUCACUUCCAUUACAAUAUGAAUGGCAGAAAUUGUCCAACUCACAGAAGCUGCCCACAGCACUGAUGUCAGAAAUGACUUCUUCUGUUAUCACUGUAAAAAAUGCCACCACUGAGUACUCUGGGACGUACAAGUGCACAGUCAGCAACAGAGUGGGCUCUGACCAGUGCCAGCUGCGCCUGGAUGUUGUUCCUCCGUCAAACAGAGCUGGAACAAUUGCAGGAGCUAUUAUAGGAACUCUGCUUGCUCUCAUGCUCAUCUGCGUGAUCAUCUUUUGCUGCCAUAAAAAGCGCCGAGAAGAAAAAUAUGAAAAGGAAGUUCAUCAUGAUAUCAGGGAAGACGUGCCUCCCCCCAAGAGCCGGACGUCCACAGCCAGAAGCUACAUCGGCAGCAAUCACUCAUCCCUGGGAUCCAUGUCUCCUUCCAACAUGGAGGGCUAUUCCAAGACUCAGUAUAACCAAGUACCAAGUGAAGAUUUUGAACGCGCUCCUCAGAGUCCGACUCUCCCGCCCGCUAAGGUAGCUGCCCCUAAUCUCAGUAGGAUGGGAGCGGUGCCGGUGAUGAUUCCAGCCCAGAGCAAGGACGGGUCUAUAGUAUAGGGCCUCCGAACCUCUCGCCUCCGUGCUCCACACUUCUCUUCUUCUUUUGAAAUAGGAAAACCUAUUUUGUUCUAAAUUUUGCUACCAGCCUCAAUAGAUCAAAAAGUGAACCAAAAACUGUAAGAAACAUACUUCAAAAAGUUGUGUUUGUUUUUAUCGGAAUAGUAUAGGCAUUAAAGUUACUAAAGACAAAUUUGCCAUCUGAAAAGGAUUUCUUAAAGAAGUUGAUUUUGCCAGUUUCUAACUACCAAUACUUAAUAUGUAGCACUUUGGAUAUGAAAUCAUAGGAGAAGAUAUUGGUGAACUUACAUGCACACCAAGUUGAUACUUGAAUCAUCUUAAAAAGUAGUACUUUUUCAUUCCUGCCAUUAUUUUUAGGAUGCCUUUCUCAAUUAAUUUAUGACCCAAAAUUGGCAAAGAAGCAUUCAUGGCAAAAAAUUCUUACAGUCCUUUAUGUUCGUUCUUUGAAAACUCUAAAUGUGUUUGGAAUAGCUCUAGUAACAUAAAAACACUCUACAGGGUUCUAGAAAUUACUAGUUCUACUUUCAGGUCAUGCAUAAGCCUUGUCUAUGGAAUGAUUGCUUAAGCAUUUGAUUGAUGGACUGUUGGCAACAGGCAACAGAGGCAUAGUAAGCUCUUUUACAUGCUAAAGUAAAGGAGCACCUAUGGAUUUAUUUAGCAACUUUGCUGUCACUACAUAAGAGCGAUGACACUAGGUAUGGUAGUGAGGGUGGAUUUCAGCGAUGAGCAAUCUGGGGUGAUCUCCAGAACAGAGACCGGCCAGAGCAAGGAUGGGGAAUCCUGCAGUUCCCAACCACAUACUGGCUCUCUGCGUUAGGUGAUAUUUUUCUACUAAGAAAAAAAUUAUAGCAUUUAUUAUUGGACAGAUACAGAUUGAAAUUCCCUAAUUAUUGGUUCCAAAUUUUAAAAAGUUCAGCGUUUUGUUGUUGUCGUUUUUGGAUGGUGUUGCAUGUUACACAUCCCAGAAACAGGGAAUCCUAAGUCUACCUUCCUGAAUGCAGUUUCUGGAGGAUGUUCCUUCAUAGGCUCGGAAUGACGGAGCGCAGUGUAAGCCCAUCCGUGUCCUUCGCAAUUCUGCCUUCCAGACUUGGGAGGACGCAGUUACUACUCUACUGCCAACCUGUCUGUGCAGUUGCAGAAAAUCCAGUUGAGUUUUGAAAAGUUUGAGUCCUAGUUUUGUGAAAGUGAUUUAUUCUUUAAAAAAAAAAAAAGAAGAAGAAGAAGAAAGGAAAGGGAGUAAAAGGAAUACUCCCAACUGCCAAAUGUGUUAAAUACUGUUUUAGUAGAAAGUAAACUUAUUGUAUUUCCCUUAAGAUUGCAAGGGAGUGUGGAUAUAGUAGAAUGAGCCAGCAGUUUCUUUAUAGUAAGUAAGGUCUGCAAUAAAUUAUUUCACUAGCUCUAAAACCUGUUCCCUCAAUUUUGUAGGGAGUUGGUUUCUGUUCAUCUCUUUGGGUGCUGUGGUGGUUCAUGCGGCAUUAGAAAUUAAUGUUGGCAUGACUUUCUGAUUAGUAAGAAUAUUGUGUACACUUUUUAAUGGUAAAUUUAAGCGGAAUGUCUGUGUAAUGAAUUAGUGUACGGUUUUACGUAUUCGGAAGCCUUUUUUAAAUAGGGUUUUAACCUCACACAAUAUUGCUUUUAUACUUGUGUUAACAGUUUCAUUUGUGCCUUUUGGGUCAUUUAAUUUCUAUUAUGAAUUUCUGGUGCCUAUGAGCUAGCUAUCACCUGAAAGGUGCUUAGAGGUGAAGGUACUGUUCCUAAAAAUGCAUCACUGUGACACCUUUCUAUCCUCAGACUUCAAUCUUGCCUCCUCUUUUCUGUUCUUUUUUGUAUGCAAAUUAAAAGACUGUGUUAUCCAUAAAGGCUAACAUUCCAACAUCCCCAACACUCUGGCUGUGUUUCUGAUUUUAUAAUAGUAACUAUUUUUGAACUCCAGAUGUCUGGUCUGUUUUAUAUGAAUACAAAUGUACAUACAAUAGUACUAAGAAAUACCAGCACAAACGCUAAGAAACAGCUUUUGGUCUUUAUUAGUUUUCAUGCACUGAAGAUUAUGCUAUCAGUCUAAGUAGAAAUCACUUCAAAAAAUGGAUGCAUGUAGUAAGGCUUUCCUUGCCUGAGACUUCAUAGCUGGUCUAGGAUUUCGCUACAAAUAAGCCAGACUCUCUUCCAGAAGCACCUGUAUCCUGAGAAACAGCCUCACAAGAAAUCAGUUGUGUAUCCUGUACAGACCUAUUGGGCAUGAUGACAUUUAGAGGACAGAAUUCAGGUUUAGGCCACGUCUUCAGCUACUCUCAUUGUAAAUUUCAGUUAAUCCAGAAGUCAGGUAGUUCUGCUUGACCCAUUAAGGGGGGGGUUCUCACUGAUAAUUUCACUUACACCAGAGAUCAGAUAUCUGUUCUGGAAUUAUUGGUAAUCAUCAAGCAAUUCAACAAAACUUGCUAUUCAAGCAUCGCCAUUGGAGCUUAACAGCAUCAGCCAAAGAUAGCACUGCGUCUUUGAGGCAAAAGCAAUUUUACACCUUACAAUUCCACUUUACACCUAAGAGACUCAACACCAUUUUGUUGAGUUACACAGGAUAACUUGAGAAGCAGUGGGACCUUAGAGGACAUAGUUCUGUGCUUUAAUGUGUAGUUUACGGUGUUCUUUUAUUCUAAUAUUCCCCUGUUGGAAGGCCAACAAAAAUAAAAA